AUGGUUAAAGCUGUCGCUGUUUUGCGUGGUGACUCUUCCUCGGUCACUGGUACUGUUACUUUUACUCAAUCGUCCCAAACUGAUCAAACUACCAUCGAGGCCCAGCUUGAGAACAUGACACCAGGAAAACAUGGUUUCCAUAUUCACGAAUUUGGUGACAACACCAAUGGAUGUACCUCGGCCGGUCCUCAUUAUAAUCCAGACAACGUAAACCACGGGGGUCCCGAUGAUGAAGUCCGUCACGCUGGUGACUUUGGCAACGUCGUCGCUGGAAAAGAUGGUAAAGUGAACUUUAAAUUGACCGAUAAAAAAGCUACUUUAUUCGGUCCGACCUCCAUUAUCGGCCGUACCAUUGUUGUGCACGCCGGUGAGGAUGAUCUUGGUAAAGGCGGCCAAGAAUUAUCGCUCACCACAGGCAACUCUGGUGAUCGAGUGGCAUGCGGUGUUGUUGGACUUGCACAAGUAAAGUAA